AUGCCUUUGAAGGCUGGAAUGUCGUUUUUGAACAUUGGCUCGGGAACGGGCUACUUCAGCUGCCUUGUGGCCGAAGUCGUGGGCGAGUGUGGUGUGAACGACGGCUUGGAGCUUUGGCCAGAAAACGUGUCCCACGCGCAGGAACGCUGUGCUUCCUUGGGCAAACAUCACAUCGAAUUCAAUGUGGGAAACGUGUACCAGCUCGAUGUCAACCUUGGAAUGCGCUACGAUCGUAUUUAUAUCGGAGCUUGCGCAUGCCCGCGUGCGCAGUACCUGUACAGCCUCCUGGAGGUGGGCGGAGUGUUGGUGGGCCCUUUCCAGUCCGGCCACUCGCAGCAGUUGCGAAGGGUGGUCCGGGAAUCAGAGGCGCAUUUCAAGAUCGAAGUGCUAAACUCCGUCCACUUCGCAUCGCUGGUUGAGCCGCCAGCUACUCAAGAAAUCAGUGACUUGGAUGCACCUGCACCUCUCGGCGUCCUUCCGGUCGUUGGCCUGCCCGGAGUGCCCUUCUCCUUUGCGUUGCGCCAGAAGCCCUGGAGCGUUGAGCGAAACUGGGCCUACCCUCGCAGCUUCAGGCAAGUGGCUGCAGUCCUCAUGCAGAACCAAGCUUCAGGCCUUGGGCUGGUUCCGUUGGAGUUGUGGGUGGAGCACAUUCUUCCAUGGUGCCCGAGGUGGUGGUUUGAUGUGCCGGGAAAGCGGGCAAAUUCAAAAUCCGGCACGCUGGCGAUCCUGGCGGCAGCAAGCAGAAGCAUGUCAAAGGCGUUCUUCAGCUCGAGCACCUGCAGCACGCGGAGCGCCAGCAGCUUUGAUGAGGCAGAGGGCACCUUUAGUGGAGACGAGGUCAACAUCACCACAAACGACGAAGUUCCAUUGGUACAACCUGCACGGCGGCAGCAGAGCUUUUGUCGCGCAGCCCAGCGUGCAGUGCGCCGAUGUAUCCGCUGCCUCAGCCGGCUGGGAGACCCUUCACAUCGAUCUGACCUCGCCGCACCCCUCCCCGAGAGCCGCUCUCCCGGUUUGGCCUGGCCGGGCCCUCCAAAGCUCACUCCGAAGCUCACGGAUGCCAUCAUGAUGCCGGUGGCGACGCGCUGCGCAAAAGCCACAGGCUCUGGUGGCUCAGAUGUGGCUGACAUGUCGCUCACCGGGCCAAGGUGCGCUUUCAGUGGAUGCUCGGCCGCCGAGUUCACCGAUUCGGUGCUCGAAAAUGGCAAGGCGGGAAAGCUGCAGGUGGCCAUCAUCUACUACUCCGUCGCCGGAGGGCCGUUUGGAACUGAAGAUGUGAUAUCAGCUGCAGGUCCUUUGCUCGGUGUGCUUGGCUUCGUGUUGAUGCCCGCCGUCUGGUCGGUCCCAGAGGCCCUUGUGGCUGCCGAACUCGCCACUGCCUUCCCAUCUAACGCUGGUUACGUGACUUGGGUGACAGCUGCUUUCGGGCCAUUCUGGGGAUUUUUGGAAGGGUUUCUGUCGUGGGUGUCUGGCGUAAGCGACAACUCGAUUUAUCCGGUUUUAUUUUGUGAUUAUUUGAAACAUAUCCUGCCCGCAGCAGCUGACGGGACACCACGCAUCUUGUGCGCACUCACAUUUACCUUGGCGUUAUCUUGGCUGAACUUCAUUGGCUUGGACAUCAUGGGCUGGUCGGCCGUGGGUUUGGCGAUAUUCACCAUACUGCCAUUCUUGUACAUAGUUCUGGCUGGUCUGCCUGAGGUGCAACUGGCGAACCUACUGGUCGUGCCAAAGCUUCAGGAAAUGGAUUGGCAGAAAUACUUGAAUGUUCUUUUCUGGAAUCUGAAUUAUUGGGACAGUGCAUCAACCCUUGCCGGGGAAGUUCGCGAUCCACGCAGAGUUUUUCCGCAGGCCCUGUUCAUCGCCAUGAUGAUCGUGAUUUCUUCGUAUGUCUUCCCACUGUUCGUUGGUGUCGGCAUUCAGACGAGCAUGGUGAAGCUUCGAUGGAGAAACUGGCAGAGCGGCACAUUGACGUUAGUGGGAGAAGCUACUGGUGGAGCUCUGGUGAAAAGUUGGGUUGUGCUGUCUGCAGCCGUCAGCAACAUUGGUCAGUUCACAUGUGAGCAGGCUGCAAAUGCUUAUCAGCUGGAGGGCAUGGCGGAGCUUGGUUGGCUGCCGACGUGCUUCACUCGCCGCUCGCGCUACAACACUCCAUAUGUUGGCUUGGGGACGGGGCUGGUCGUGAUUUUGGCGCUGAGCACGUCAGACUUCAUAUCGAUCGUGGACUUGUUGAAUGGCAUCUACUGCCAGGCGCAACUCCUCGAGUUCCUCGCUUUCUUGCGAUUGCGACGGGCUUCCCCGAACCUCCGCCGUCCCUUCCGCGUGCCGUUGGAUUCGAUGAGUGGCUGCAUUGCACUGCUGUUCUUACCCAUCGUGUUUUGCCUCCUACUUCUAGCACUGCCGCUGAUCAAAGGUAACUGGAAUCAGGUUUUCUGUCUGGUUACGGUCCCAGUGGCAGGCCUCAUCCUGCACAUGGCUCUUGCCUUGAGCCGUCGACGAGGUUGGCUCAUCUUCACGCGUGAGCCUCCGCGGACAGUGGAGGAACUCCUCGCCAUGCAGACUCCGAUGUCCACUUGCGCACGGUCGCAUCAUGAGCCCUUUCUCGCGGACACCUUCCACUUACCACCUGCGACUGAAAGCGAUGAGCAUCUGUGA